UCGUUAAUAUUUUUCUUCCAGUAGAGUAAUAAUUUUUCUAUAAUCAGCAGUAUUCGUCGGUAAUAUUGCUCCUAUUAUUACUUUGAAGAUCUACCACUGUCCCGUCGAAGUUUCAGGCAAUCGUUGUUCGCUUGAUCACCGUAGUCCACUUCCGCGAAGAAGGCUAAGCGGCACGGGAAGGACGCGAGGUGACGCGAAGUGAAACGGUACAAUCAUUUCUAAAGAUGACGGCGGUGGCUAUCUCUCCAGCUAUGUCCCACAAUACAAGCGGAAUCAUACAAGUGGUGAACGAAAGUAACCUAAGCAAAAUAGAGAGCUUCCUCAACGAUACAGCUUACAGAGAGGCCAUUGAGAAUUCGUCGAAUUAUAACAGUCGACUAUGCCGGGAACGUCGUCUUCGCAUGCCAUUCCUCGACUCGCAGACAGGUGUGGCGCAGAAUCAUUCUGCAUUGUUUAUGUCCUCAAGAGAAAGGCUACCGGGUUUAUUGCACGGUCAGAUUUAUACAUAUCCAAGCAAAAGAUGGCGGAAAAAACGACGACAAUACUUGAUGCAUUACCUGCAUCCAAAACGAGGACCAAGAGGUGAUACAGAAGAUGGUACAGAGGGAGUCGAGGCUGUUACACAUGUAAAUGACGAUAGCAAAGAUUCAGUAGGGCUUAAAGAUGAACAUAGUAAAGAUGCUUGGUACUAUGAUGAGCAAGAUAUGUUAGAUAUGGAUGCUUAUGAAGAACCCGAUCCUGAUAGUGAUUACGAUUACGAGGAGAGUUACAGCAGUAAACGGAAACGUAGGAAAACGCGAGGUGGUGGUCACCAUCCUGCUCGUAGUCACCCACCUUCUACGGACAGUCCAAGUGGAAAACGGACAAAAGGUGGAGGUCGUGGACGCAAAAAAACCAACUACGACUCUGUCGACACUGAUAAGCCAUUCGUUUGUGACCUAUGCAGCGCACGGUAUAAGACCAGACCUGGUCUGGUCUACCAUUACGGUCAUUCCCACUCUACUUCCUCCGGUGAUCCUGCUAAGGAACUAAGUCCCAGUCCUGCCGAAGUUGAACCUAGGAGCGUUGCAGACACCGCUGCUUCGAACCAGCCAGAGAGAAACAACAGACCAUCAAGUCCUCUAGGUGGUACGCGCCGUGGUCGUCAGAACACCACUUCCUCGAGUACCACGAGUCCGUCGCCGGCGGCGCCCACCGCGGUCUCGGCCGCGGGAGCAACGACGACACAACCGCAGCAACAACCGCAAUCGCAGCAGCAACAGCUGCCGUCGUCGGUGCAGGCAUCCAUUGCCCCGGCGUCGCCCACCGUGCCAGCGUCCAAGGAAGAUCAUCUGCCAGCUGCCUCCUCUCCGAGCGGCGCCGGCGGGUCCUCAUCACUCACGUCCUCCGCGGAGAGCGCAGGAGCUGCUGCAGGACCACCCACUCCUGGUGGCACGACGGAGAAGAAGCCUGGUAGUGGUGGCGGCGGCGGUAACAACAAAUCCGCACAACCAUCCCCAUAUUGCGACUUCUGUCUAGGCGACGCGAGAGAGAAUAAGAAGACCGGCGGAUCCGAGGAGCUAGUGUCGUGCAGCGACUGCGGCCGCUCAGGGCAUCCAACGUGUUUGCAGUUCACUGCAAACAUGAUCGUUUCUGUUCGCAAGUACAGGUGGCAGUGUAUCGAAUGCAAAUGUUGCUCCAUUUGCGGCACCUCCGACAAUGAUGAUCAGUUGCUGUUCUGUGACGACUGUGAUCGUGGAUACCAUAUGUAUUGUCUGACACCGCCUCUCGCGUCACCUCCCGAGGGCUCCUGGUCAUGCCGCCUAUGCAUUACCGAAUUUCACCAAGGUGAUUAAGUUCGUCUGAUAGACGGACCUCGUCCUCCCUCGUAGAUAAGUCACCGAGCUAUAUACUGCUGGCGCUGCGGUUAUCUUCUCAAGGGAGAAUUAGGAGAGUAUUCAUGUGCUCACAUUUUCCUCAUCUAGAGUAUUACUACGGCAUACAUCGUACCGGCAAACUUUUCGAAGAAAGAUUUGAAAGAAAGUCUACUUCAUCGAUUACUAUUUAUUAUGAAAUUUGCAUCCAUCAUUACUCCCCUUAAAUUAUGUUCUAAUGAUAAUGAUAAUAACGAUAAUGAUAAUGGUAAUUAAGAGGAUACAUUUACGUAGCAUACCGCAUUAGAUAUCUCAGGCACUGGUGAUCUCAACGAGAUAAGGAUGUAAGGUGACACGUAUUUAUAAUUUUACUGAGGUAGCUUCUCCGACGACUAGAUGUAUAAAAGAUACGUCGUGACCGAUUGUCUUACGGAUUUCGUCAGGCAUGGAUAGAGAGAUUAAUAAUUUUAAAGGCAAGGACGAAGUUCGGUGUUUAACGAUGAUGUUAGAUUUUACAAUUCGUACUGAGAAAUACUGUAUUUUUUGCUCAUUUUAGGAAACCGAUAUGUACUGUUUCGCAGCGAUAUUACUAUUGAACGUAAACGAACGUUAGGAACUUAGUCAAAGAUCGCUAUGAUAGGACAAUACUCUCCUAGUUCUAAACUUUAUCUUUAGCCAAUGAUAUUCGAGAGUUUCGUUGCUUUUACAGUCGCUUGAACCUAAAACUAAAUUUGGCGAUCUCGUGUUUUCACAUUAACUCUUAGCUCCUCGUUGUUUCGACUCGGCUUGAAUCGAAUUUUGUAGGAAGAGAAAAAAAAAGAAAUACGAAACCAAGAAGGGGAAUUCAUAUUCUAGAUCAUGAUAUUAAUAGUAUUUGUUCCACGAAUAGUGAUAAAUAGAAUAUUAUCUGUUUCUCUGUAUGUAUCAUGAUACUAAAGCUUUUACACUUAAUGACAUAGCUGAAUAUAGUGACAUAGCUGUCAUAUACAGACUUGCAGUACUGCAGAAGAAUUAUAUUCUACAUGUUCUUCGUCACUUAGCUCAGUAUUUUUGUAUUUUGUAUAUUGUAUGUACUUAAUUUAAGAUGCUGUGGUGAUAUAUUUGGUAUUCUCGUUAAUGUAAUUAAUCUCGAUUUCAACGAUUGAUAAUUUUUACAAUCGCCUAAUUGUACUAGUGUUAGGUAUACCAUCCAAAUUUGUCGACUCGCUUUUGAAUUCAUCUUCAACUAAGUUGAUGGAUUUACAUUUUAUAUUGCUUACUUUUAACAUAAUGUACGCAGAUUUGAAUAAAUACUAGUUUAUACAAAUCGGAUUAUUAAGUUUAGAAUUGCGUGCCAUCGUACACUUUUUGAUUGCAGAUGAAAGAGAAACGUAGACAAAUUUGACAUACACAAAAAUACACACCAUACACAUACACAUACAUACACAGACAGGUGCUACAUUUCAGGGAUUAGCUCUUCUUUUGGACAUUAUGAUUACUUUGUAACAUCGGCAGUGAUAUUUUAAGCCAAGAAAUAUUACAUUCUACGAUUAUAACAAAUAAUGGCUAUCCACACAAUGUAAUGUAAGAUAUAAGAAAACAAAGGAAUUAGCAUCCGAAAAAUAUAACAUUUUUCAUAAAAA